UGAACCCCACAGUCCUUUGGAGAUCGUUCCUUGAAUAGCAAGUUACAAUUAACAUAUCGCGUCCAAUAUAGUCAAGCUCGUUCAUCAAGAUGGCGCCGGGAUCCUCUACGGUGUCCAAGCUUAAAGUGCAGCUGAAGCUGUCCAUUCAACGUCUGCGAAUGGUGCAGCAGAAGGACACGGCGAUCGCAAAACAACAACGCAGAAGCAUGGCACAGCUCCUUGAGCAAGGGAAAGAAGAGUCCGCACGUAUUCGCGUCGAAAACAUUAUCCGGAGUGACAUAGACACCGAACUUCUUGAGAUCCUCGAACUUUACUGUGAGCUGCUCCUCGCCCGUAUUGGACUACUGGAAGGGAAGGACUGCGACCCGGGAUUGGAAGAGGCUGUGAAGUCUAUCAUUUAUGCGGCACCACGGACAGAUGUCAAGGAGUUACAGUUGGCGAGACAGCUCCUUGUCGAAAAGUAUGGGAAGGAUUUUGCCAUGCAAGCAAUCGAAAAUUCAGAUGGAAAGGUGGCAGAAAGGGUGGUUAAAAAGUUAAAGGUGGAGCCGCCGUCAGAGGAACUUGUCACCUUGUAUUUGAAGGAAAUUGCAAGGACAUACGGCAUACACUGGCCCAAGCACGAGACAGGAUCUGCUGAAGAUGAUGAGCAAGAUGAUGAUGACGAGCCCAGUUCAGGCCAAGCAGUACGGAAUUUAGAAGCUCCGCUAUCGACCGAAGAAUUAAGUAAAGCUACCCCACCCAGCGACAUGGGACCAAAAUCUCCUGUCAGCGUAGCGCCACCGAAGUCGAGCACGGACAACGUCAGUCCGAAGAUAAAAAUGCCUGGUCCUCUGGAGCUUAGGCCUGGACCAAAGAUGGCCGGUCUGGAUAGGAAAACCCAGGAGUCAGCAACAAAGGCAAACCCAAAGAAUCCUGUCGGAGGGAAAAUUCCUGACGUCGAUGAGCUUGCUUCUAGAUUCGCAGCGUUAAAGAGAUGAGCGUGCCUUUCGCUCUUGAUAGUUGAUUGUAGCGAUUCAUACCCGGCCGAGAAAUUGCCACGAUAUUUCCAUG